UUCCGGAAGUGGUGCAGUCGCGCUCCAACUUGGCCGCCGCUUCAACGGGCGACUUGACGACUUUUUCCCGAUAGGCGCCACUCCUGCGCCAAAAAAAAUAGCGACCGUCAACCGCGGAGAGAGUAUCGAUGAAGGCGGUGAUCCUCGCCGCCGGCUACGGCACCAGGCUUCAGCGGGACGUGGCGGCCGACCGCAGCGGGCGCUUCGCUCACCUGGUCGGCUUGGCCAAGCCGCUGCUGCCGGUAGGGAACCGCGCGCUCCUCAGCCACUGGAUCCGAGCGCUGUCCGCCUCCCACGGGCCGGACGGAAUAUACGUCGUGUGCAACGCUCUUUACCUGUCCGCAUUUCAAGAAUGGGCCUCACACUUCCCAAACGUCAAGAUUGUCUGCGACCAGACCACAAACAAUGACGAGCGUCUCGGUGCCGUGGCCUGCCUUCAGCUGGCAGUGAAGCACUUCCAGAUCCAGGACCAUGUCAUGGUGAUUGGAGGUGACACGCUCUUCAAAGAAGACUUCAGCCUGGCUCAGAUCCAGUCCAGGUUUUCAGAACUCCAAGCGGAAUGCGAGGACAACAAUGUGGUCUUGUCCUACAGGUGCAGAGAUGACGAAACUCCCAAAUACGGAAUAGUGGAAGUCGAUCACGAGCUUCGAGCCGUCUGUAUGAAAGAGAAGCCGCUGCCGUCGCAGACCGCGUCAAGAAGAGCGUGUCCUUGUUUCUACGUGUUGUCGAAGAAAAGCCUCCCUCUCUUGGACACCUUCCUCCUGGAAAAGAAGGAUGCUGCUAUCCAGGAAAAAGAUGCCCCCGGAAACUUUGUGUCUUGGCUCAUUCCGAGAAAACCCGUGUUCGUACACGAGAUUGGCGGGCGUUUCGACGUGGGCAACUUGCGGUCCUACGUGGACUGCGACCAAUAUUUCAAGGACAAACUCCAAAACAUGCCCGCAUACAUGAUGUAGAGAGAGCACCGGAGCACAUCCUUCCAAAUUUGAUUGGCGAACUUGAUCCACAGACACCACGAAUCCUUCCGCCUACUCGGCGAGCAGCCUGCCGCAGCGGUCCGACGCCUUCUCGCGGCCGUUCUCCAUCUUGGCGAUGCGCGAGCCAAACUGCAUGGCCCUCUUGGGCAGGACCGCGGACGGCCCGAGGCCCAGCCGGCGGGCGGCCAGCCUCAGCAGCAGUUUCUCGCCGACGCCCCGUGGGAGCGUCAGGUCGGCCUUGUCACGCAUGGGCAGAGAGUUCAGGUAGCUCACCACGCUCUCAUCCAGGUACGGGAACCUGACCGCGGAAAGGCACUUAUUAAUACCGACAAAUAUCAAACUUUUUGCACUACUGUCAAAAUAUCUUAGCUCGCCGAGUGCCACCAUCACAAUGAACAAAUGACGCAUCGAGACUACAAUAAAGGAGAGUACGCUAAAUCUUUAUGGAAGCUUAGAUUUAUCCCCCACACCACACCGGGCUAGCCCAGCACCCAGUUGUCUUAGAAAUGAAAGGUCUGCAAAUAUUCAGCCCUUGUGGACCUGGUCAAUAUUUCAGGUCAGUCCGGUACGAGGGGUCCUGGUCUUUUCAGCGAUUGACCAGGUUCAUAACAGCUGGGUCCAUCAGUACCUAUCUGACCAGAUUUACAGACGGUAGGACCACAAGAGUUGCAUUUCAGCUCAGUUCAAUUUUCGGCCAGGACCAGAAAUGUCAAACUGACGACCAGGUCCGGAAGCGUCCGACAGACUGGCUUCGCGAAGCAGGUCUGCAGAGGUUUGUACGCGCCAACGGUACUUAUUUAAAAAAAGAAGAAAAGAAAAAAGACCAACCUGGCCUCUUUCCCGUGGUCUGCAAUCACUCUGUCAUCCCUUCCCAAGUUCCUGGAGGAGAUCCUGCCGAGCUCCAUGGCUAUUUCUUGGACCAGUCCUUGGUAUCCGGAUGUCUUGAACCUCACCCUGUGUCUCGCGUAACCUGCCAGCUGCUCGUCGGCUCCGAUUCCUGUCAGAAUGACCUGGAUGAAGGCUUAGAAUUAGUAUCCGGCCCCUCAAACUAUUCCCGGUUUUUAAGCAGAGCUGGCUUACCUUGGCCGAAGACAUGAAGCCGAUCCGGUCGUGGUCCCGGUCCAGGAACCCCUUGCCUCUGGCCGCGAACCACACCGCGCAGCCGAUGCUGUCAUCCAGGACAGUGUCCAGUGGGUGUACCAAGUGACUGAUGCGUUGGCGUCGCGCUUGUUGCAGCUCCUCCUGCGUCACGUCCACUUCCACAAAGUUCCAUCGCCUCUCCGGAGCCAAGGCCUGUAGUUCCUUGAGGCCGGAUUUGCCGGUGAUUCUGUCCGGGACAUUGAAUGUGAUGCGUGUUUGGGUUUCGGACUGACUCUGACUGGCUUUUUGUUUCUUGGCAGAGGCUUUCUGAGCCUCGCGGUGUGGAAAAGCCACGUUAAGAAGGUCUAUAGAUUGACAAUCGGGUACGUGACGGUGAGCUAAGAGGGCCAGAAUCAUAGAGUCGACGCCGCCUGAGAAAAGGAUGCCAAUGCUGGAAUGGUCGCCGACUUGUGAUUCAUUGGGCAAAGACUGCACGCGUCUCCUGACGGCCUCGCUGAGAACAUCGAUCAGACCUUUCACCGCUUGAUCCUUCUUGAUCUUCUCCAGAAGUUCUUCCGGAUCCUCCCCGAUGGGCUCUAUUUCGCGCUGCUCUUUCAGCGUCGUAUUCAAAGGACCGACGGGUGAUCGAAGCAGGCCCGGGGGGUUCUUCAGUAUGACGCAGGUGCCCGGGCCAGGAAGCCGAGUCGUCUCCAGGCAAGCGGAAACCCGAUCAUCUCCACCCUGAGACCAGGGAUAAAGUUCUAUCGUGGGUGAGCCGGAUUCUACAACUGACUUCAGGUCGAUUCUGUACACGCCGGCCGCAGGGACCUCCUGCCAUACGCACAAUCCAGGAUUAUCAGGGCUGGACUGACUCGGUCCACAAGCAUUGGACUGGCCAGAUCCACUGGUGCCGAACUGCUGGGAUCGAAAGGAGUCAGGGUGCCCGGGUUCACAGGGACUGGACUGACCGGGUCCCUCAGAGCUGGCCCCCACAGAGCUGAGGGUCAAGGCCUUCAGUGUUUGGUCAUACUUCCAGAGCAAACUCCUUCUCCCAAAGUAAUCCCUCCCGAACCAGAGGCAAUCUUGGCUCUUUUGGUAGUACGCAAACCCCCAGGGACCUCGAACGGUGGACAGGACAGACAAAAUGUCAGACGGAUCGCUGCAAGAAGACAAAUGCCUCAGAACAACAGCGGUGUCGUUUUCAAGUGGCAGGACUUGUAAACCACCAAAGACCUCCCCGUUCCAGACCAGGACGUUGCCGGCAGGGUCCCGGAGCGGCUGAGUUGUGAGGAGACCUCUCAUGUGGAGAACAUGAGCCGAGAACAAGCAGCGGUAAGGAGGAUCGGAGCCCGAGACAAUGAAAUCCUCGCUGGAGUCGGGGCCUCUUCUUUUUAAAUGUUCGUAAAUGCCUUUGUCCCACGUGAACCGAGAGGACGCUGGACUCACAAGACAGAAGAUGCCGCACAUGGUUGCAGGAUCGCUCCGCUUCACAGGUCUUGUAACUCCUUCGUCAGGCUGUCCAGCUUCUCUGUGGACAUGAAAAGCCGCUGUCGUUUGAGGGGUGUGGGGUGAUAGCUGGUUCUUUUACAUGAGACAGAACUGCCCCUCAAAACAGACACAUUUUCAGCCAGGCUCUGAAAAUAGGAUUAGAACGUUGCAAAAACUCUUAAGGAAAGGGAACCGUUUUAAACCGUCUCAAAAAUGGGGGGAGUACAAUAACUCUUGUGGAUUAACUUACUCUUGCAUGAACUCAAGGUCUGUCCUCUGUCCGCUAAGAACAAUAUGUUGCUGUUCCUCUGCUGGACGUACACUUUCUAAAGGCAAAACAGAAACCGAAACAGAAAUUCAUUCAAAUAUCUAAGUCACAGAUAACUAAUACAUUCAUUUAAUCAAACUCACUCUGUCCUUCUUCAAACCAGACAGCUCGUCCACAGCCACCGUUUGCUGAUUGAUCUGACAGUUAAGAGGAACGUGUACCAAUGCAUUAGGUCACAAAAAGUAGAAAAAUGACUUUCCAGGCCCAAUAAAUACGUGUUGUGGCCAAACCGAACUUGCGGUGGUGAAGGAUUACAUUUGUGUGGACAAAUACAGCCUUAUGUGAGGAAACUGAAUGGUUAAUUGUUGCAUUUCUGUGGGUAAGUAUAAUUUCACUGAAAACAUUUUGUGUUUUGGGUGCAAUAUAUACCGUUUUCUUUGGGGACGAAUGCGGCCUUUUAGUAAUCAGCCAAUUAAUGUAGUUAUGCAUUUCUGCGACAAACGGCCAUCAAAUGAGUCAUGUGGGUGCUCCGAAUGUACAAUAAAUGAAUACUGAACACG